AUGGAGGAGAUGCCACGCAAUCAAGAUUCAUGGAGCCGCAACUGCGGCUGUGAUUCUUUGCUGCUUGGCAACCGAUUUGUGGAAGGACUGUCAAAGUCCCACAAGGCCGCGCCCACAGAAUAUCAACUUUUGGGCGCCGUCCGUGACCGCUGUGCCCAGCGCCGCCCGGGCUGUGCAGCCCUGUGGCAGCGGGAGCUCAGGAAAGCACUGAAGUGUGCGGAGACAGAUCCGGAGGAUGCUAUCGCCAUCCUGUUAUCCACGGACGCCGAGGCUCUGGACCUUUUCUCUGAAACGCAGGAGAAAGGGAAGUGGCAGCCAAAGCAGCUGCUUCUGUUAGUGGCUCUCUCCCCCACCUCGCGGCAGCGCGCAAGUGCCGCUUGCGCUGACCUGGGCUUGACUAUGGCAUCCGUCCGCAUUGCAGACGGCAGCGGUCCGAGCGCGGCGGUGCUGCUGCAGUUCAUGCACUAUUGCAACGAACUCGCACCAGCGUUGCGAACUCUGCGGCGGCAUGCCUUGGCAGCA